AUGUUGCGUGCAUUUAAUAAACUCCUAGUGCAACGUUUUUACUCUGUGAAAACAGCCAAGAAAGAUGCAAAGAAAUACACAGAUACUAUUAAUCUGCCUAAAACAAAGUUUCCCAAUCGUCUGACUCAAGGCAAACGUGAGGAGCAGGAGCGGCACAUACUAGAGUCAAAGCUUGCAGCUGCUUAUGCGUAUCAGCAGCAGCAUAAGCAACAGCCUGGGUUUGUGCUCCACGAUGGACCGCCUUAUGCCAAUGGACAGCUGCACAUGGGCCAUGCUGUUAACAAGAUACUCAAAGAUAUAACGCUGCGUCAGCGUGUAGCACAUGGUCAGCAGGUUAACUACAUACCUGGCUGGGAUUGCCAUGGACUGCCCAUUGAGCUGAAGGCAACAAAUGCAGCAACGGGCGAGCAAAGCGCAUUGCAGAUUAGACAGAAAUGUCGUGCUUUUGCUUUGGAGACCAUAACAUCGCAGCAGCAAGAAUUUCGCAGCUGGGGCAUUUUGGCCAGCUGGCAGCCGGAGCAUAUUUAUCUUACCUUUCGACCGGACUUCAUAGCCAAUCAGCUGCACAUGUUCCAUAAGCUUUUUAAAAGCGGUCUCGUCUAUCGUGAUCUGAAGCCCGUCUACUGGUCGCCCUCUUCCAAAACAGCCUUGGCGGAGGCAGAGCUGGAGUAUGAUGCACACUUCAAAAGUCCCUCGCUUUAUGUGCGUUUUGCUUUAAAUGCUUUGCCUGCAGUUCCGGCAGCUGAAGGCAAGCGCAUCUAUGCUCUUGUCUGGACCACCACGCCUUGGACUUUGCCCAGCAAUCAGGCUAUAUGCUACAACAGCUCGCUGGAAUAUGUGCUGGUUAAACUACCACAACGCAGCACAGAUGAGCUCUAUUUAAUAGCGGCUGCUUUGUUGGAGGACUUUGAACGCACAACGCAGCUGCAGUGUGAGCCUGUGGCACGUUUGCCAGGCAGCACUUUAAGCGCUUGUAGCUAUCAACAUCCUAUAGAUAAGACGCAAACUGGAUUACCCUUCUUUGAGGCUAGCCAUGUGCAGGAUAGCAAGGGCACGGGACUGGUGCAUACAGCGCCCGCUCAUGGGCCAGAUGAUUUUCUUAUAAGUCUGGCGCAGCAGUUGCCAGUGAAGUGUUUUGUAGAUGAAGCGGGCAUUUAUACUGAGCAAGCGCCUGAAUUUCUGCGUGGACAAGUAGUACUUGAGCAGGGCAAUCCUCUGGUGCUGCAGCAUUUGGGCGAAGAUGUGGUGCACGUAUCGCAGUUUGAGCAUUCCUAUCCCAUAGACUGGCGCACCAAGCAGCCUGUCAUCAUACGUGCCAGCGAGCAGUGGUUCAUCAAUACGGAGCGCUUGAAGGCGCCCGCAGCGACAGCGCUGGAGCAAGUGGAGAUUUAUCCGCGCGUCAAUGCAGAAGCCAGCAAGAAGGCAAUGCUAACGCAGCUGGCCAAGCGUCCCUACUGGUGCAUAUCCAGACAACGUGCCUGGGGUGUGCCCAUACCAGUGCUCUAUAGAAAGGACAACAAGCAAGUGGUGCUGCAUGAAGCGCUCAUUGAGCAUUUGUGCAGCCUACUGCAGCAGCAGGGUAAUAUGGACUUUUGGUGGUCUACGCCAUUGGAGGAACUACUGCCAGCUGCGCUGCUGGAGCAGCUGGACUGUAAAGUGGAGCAGUUAGUAAAAGGCAGCGAUAUAUUUGAUAUAUGGUUUGACUCGGGCAGCACUUGGUCUGCUGUGCUGAAGAAUGAGCAACAAGUAGCGGAUCUGUAUCUGGAGGGCUACGAUCAGUUUACGGGCUGGUUUCAAUCCUCGCUGCUAACCAGCAUAGCUGCUAGAAACUGCGCGCCUUACAAAGCGCUGUUUGUGCAUGGCUUUACUGUGGAUGAGGAGGGACACAAGAUGUCCAAGUCGCUAGGCAAUGUUAUUUCUCCCAAAGAUAUUACCAAAAAGUAUGGCACGGAUGCGCUGCGCUGGUGGGUGGCGUCCCAUGGCACUCAGCACAUGUCCAUAACAGUGAGCGAUAAGCUGCUGCAUCAGGCGGCGGAGAAUCUGAGCAAAGUGCGUGGCACGCUGCGUUAUCUGAAUGGCGUUUUGAGCUUGAGCUCAACGCAGCAGCUGUCCGCGGCAGGCCAAGAUGAGAGCUAUCUAAAUAAAUACUUGCUGCAUAGUCUGCUAGACUUUGAGCAGGAAAUACAACGCCUCUACAAUGCGUAUGAGUACAAUCGUGUGGUGGCCAGCAUACAGACCUUUAUAGCCAAUCAGGUGUCUGGUAUUUAUGUGCAUCUAAUCAAGGAUCGUCUUUACUGCGGCAAUCAGCAGCAGCUGCAGGCUAUAGUUGGCACCUUGGGCCACUGCUAUAAGCAGCUCUGCAAAGCCUUGUGGCCCAUAACACCUUUUCUUAUAGAGGAAAGCUGGAGUUACUAUGAUGGCACAGGCAGCGCUUUUCAUGAGCACACAGUACACGCUUUGCCCACUUGGCGCAAUGAACAGGCAGCGCAAAUUGUCAACACAGCCUUGGAUAUCAAGCGAGCAGUCAAUCAGCAGGCGGGCGAUGUAAACAGUUGGCAACUAGCUGUGAGCAUCAACUGUGAUACGUUGGAGCAACAAAAACUGCUGCUGCCACUGCAAGGACAACUGGAUGUGUCGCUUAACAAUACAGAGCUCUGCGAGCUGUUGCAGGUGGGCAGCGUCAACGUGCAGUCAAAGCUGCAAGCAAGCACAAAGCUUGAGCUGACGACGCUGCAGCAAGCUCUUUGUCCACGUUGUCGUCGCUUCAGCUUGGAGCAAACGCAAGAGGAGACCUGCUUACGCUGCGCCGACAUCUUAAAUAAUAAGCUUUAGUGCAGGUUUGUUGUUUGUUUUACGAUUUCUAAGUUUAUGACUUAAUAAUACAAAA